AUUUCUUCACUUCACCAAAUUCGUUUUUUUGAAGUUUUUGUGAAGCAGAGUGAGAUUGGCUUUGUUGGGAGAAGAAAGUUAAGCCCUUUUUUGCUGGGUACGGCGUCCAUUUCCCAAAGGCUUCAUUUUGUAUCUUUCCCAGAAAUCAUUUCUGGGUUUUUGAUCUGUUACCCGUUUGAGAUUUCAGAUUGGUUCAGCGGUUGAGAAAGCGGAGAUCUUGAGGUUUUUUUUCGUGGUUUUGUUGAUGAAAGUGUAAUUUGAAUGUCCUCCAUUUCAAGGGUUUCGUUUCCGUCAUGACCACCAAGCGAGCUUAUAAGCUUCAGGAAUUUGUGGCACAUUCUGCUGCUGUCAAUUGUCUUAAGAUCGGAAGGAAAUCUUCUAGGGUUCUGGUAACAGGUGGUGAAGAUCACAAGGUCAAUCUUUGGGCUAUUGGUAAGCCCAAUGCCAUUCUGAGCUUGUAUGGGCACUCAAGUGGAAUUGAUUCGGUGACGUUUGAUGCUUCCGAGGUCUUAGUUGCAGCAGGAGCUGCUAGUGGUACUAUCAAACUUUGGGAUUUAGAGGAGGCAAAGAUUGUCAGAACUCUCACUGGUCACAGGUCCAAUUGCAUAUCAGUGGAUUUUCACCCUUUUGGUGAGUUUUUUGCGUCAGGCUCACUAGACACAAAUCUUAAGAUAUGGGAUAUAAGGAAAAAGGGCUGCAUCCAUACUUACAAGGGUCACACUCGAGGAGUCAAUGUACUCAGAUUCACUCCAGAUGGUCGCUGGGUUGUAUCUGGAGGAGAGGACAACAUUGUGAAGGUGUGGGAUUUAACAGCUGGAAAACUGCUGACCGAGUUUAAGAGUCAUGAAGGGCAAAUUCAAAGCCUAGAUUUUCAUCCUCAUGAAUUCCUACUGGCAACAGGUUCAGCAGAUAGGACUGUAAAAUUCUGGGAUCUGGAAACAUUCGAGCUGAUUGGUUCUGGUGGACCUGAGACUGCCGGGGUCCGUUGCUUGAGCUUUAAUCCAGAUGGAAAGACUGUGCUUUGUGGAUUGCAAGAAAGUCUCAAGAUUUUCUCGUGGGAGCCAAUUAGAUGUCAUGAUGGGGUGGAUGUUGGAUGGUCAAGAUUGUCAGAUAUGAAUGUUCACGAGGGAAAGCUUCUUGGUUGCUCAUACAAUCAAAGUUGUGUAGGCGUGUGGGUUGUAGAUCUCUCGCGUACUGAGCCAUGUAUGGCUGGAGACACUGCACAAUCAAAUGGUCAUUCAGAGAAAAGAUCUUGCUCAGGAAGAGAUCCAGUAGUUCUCAAUGAUAAUAACUCAAAGACAGUUCUCGGGAAGCUGUCAUCGACAUCCCAAAAUUCAGAUUCCUCGAUGAAGGAAUCAAAGCCUUUAGGGAGGUUGUCAGUUUCUCAAAAUUCAGACGUUUCUAAAGAGUCAAGGACUUUGUCAUCCACAGGAAGUUUACCAGGCACUCCACAUAGGGUCAGUUCGACCAAUGUGUCAAAAGCCACUUCGGGUGUUUCAACGGCCGUCUCUAAUGCUGCAACGUCAAGGAGAAAUUUUACGAAAGCUAACCCAAAGGCGAAUCCUGUCAAUAAGGCAGCAGAUUUUGUUCCGGUGAUUGUCCCCAGAGCAGACCCUAGAAUAGAGCAGGCUACUGAAUCCAGAGCAGAACUUGACAUAAUUGCAAGAACCAUGCCUUAUUCAUUGCAGGCGGCUGAUUCUCGAAGGUCACCUAGCAGCAGAAAUAACCCUGAUCUGCCAAAUGCUUCUGUUUCUGAAAUGUCUGAGUCUCAGCCAGUUGAACCAAAUAAUAUACUAGAUGGGGGUACACUUCCUGGUGGAAAGGGUGGCAUGCGGGGUGCAACUGAGCGAAGCAUUAAUGAUUUUAGAUACAAGAGAUAUGGGAGGAGUAAUUCAAGGUCACGGAUGGGGUCACCUCCACGAAACCACGAUGAAAACUAUGACUUGGUAAGCCACAAAUCAAAUAGAGACCCAAGCCCCACUGAAAGUCAGAAAGGAGGAAGAUUCCAGUCGCUCGUCAUAAAUAGAGAGAGAAGAGGAAGAUUUUCAAAUUUCGAGGGUCCUGUUUCGAAUUUUUCAAGUGGAAAUGUGCCUGCUCCAAACAUCCGCCCUUCAAAUAUGUUCAAACAGAGAGGGAACCAUAUGCCAUUAGAACAAGGGAUCGAUUCUCCUUCUGAAGAAAAUAUUGUUGAAGACAUAAUGGGGAAGCACGAUCAAUUUGUCAGCUCUAUGCAGUCUCGUUUGGCUAAGUUACAGGUAGUUCGCAGAUAUUGGGAAAGGAAUGAUGUAAAAAACUCGAUAGGUUCGAUAGAGAAGAUGGCUGAUAAUGCUGUUACUGCAGACGUAUUGGGUAUAAUAACCGAGAGAAAUGAGAUUUUGACACUGGAUAAUUGUACCUCCCUUCUUCCCCUUCUAACAGCUCUUCUAGGGAGCAACAUGGAUCAGCAUGUGAGCGUUUCCCUGGAUUUGCUGUUGAAGCUUGUCAGACUGUAUGGGUCACCAAUUUACUCAUCACUGUCAGCUCCAGCAUCUGUUGGUGUAGAUAUUGAGGCUGAGCAAAGGAUCGAGCGCUACAGCCGUUGCUUUGUAGAGCUAGAGAAAGUCAAAACCUGCCUUCCCUCCCUAGCAAGAAGAGGAGGUUUGGUGGCCAAGUCUGUGCUCGAACUCAAUCUAGCAUUUCAGGAAGUUUCAUCGUAAUCAGUCUGAGUCUUACAAACCCUGGAAACCGCAGAGCAAAGCCUGUCUUCCUCGUGGAAGAACCCGCAUCAUCCCAAGUCCCAACCCUCUGCUUUUUGAUGUGGAUUUGGUUCCAAAGGGAGUCUAACAAAAAAACUAAAAGCUG